AAAGAAUUCAACCAGAAAGACCUUAAUCAUGAAUAUCUUAACAAACUUGAUGAUUUUAAUGAUGAUGAAUGGAAGGAUAUGAAUUCUAAUAAUGAUAAUUCUACACCUGUUAAUUCUAGUUCAAUAUGA